AUGGCAGCCCCCACACCUCAGCUCCCGACCCGGUUCCCCUGCUGGUGUCGGGCCAUAUAUUCAUGGGGAGGAGAGGCGAAAAGCGAUCUGGGGUUUAUAGAGGGUGACUUGAUUGAAUGCCUGAAUGCGGGGGACGGACAAUGGUGGAUGGGCCGCUUACGAAGGGACCGGCGUAUGGUGGGACUGUUUCCGUCCAAUUUCGUUCAACUUCUAGGAGAGGAUUUUGUACCAGUUACUCGGGCGACUAGUCCUAUGCUCCCAGCAGCUGCCUCCCCAAUCACAAACCCAACGUCCGCUCCCAAGAAGCAAAAGACAGUUUUCAGAAAGCCGUUCCAGGCCCAUAAGGAAGCUCUUGCGCCGUCUGGCUCUGGAGGUAGCCCGUCUUCGACUUCUCUUGUCGGGAGCACGAUCCCCCAGACACCUCCACGAGAUGGCAGUCUUUCUCGACGAACGAAGACAGGGCGCACGCCAACAAGAGCAAACAGACAACAAAGCUCCCUAUCACGGCCUCUUUCAAUUGCCCGGCCGCCGUCCAGAGGAGUUUCCCCCCACCCGCCGCCAGAGCCAACGCCUCAGCAGCACGAUAUUUCGAGUCGCUCUCGUUCUCGGCCUCCGUCUCGAGCAGUAUCACCCCGACCUCAGCUCCCUGAAGUCACGCAUAGUUCGCCUCUGGUAUCUCCUGCAGGGCCGACAUAUGCCCAGACGUCGCAUUACCCGUCGCAUGCAAGUUCCUCUCGACCUCAACUUCCCGAUUUCGGACGUCAUUCGCCCCUAGUAUCUCCCUCAUUCCCCAUGUACAGUCAUGUUCAAGAUACACAUUCCUGGUCUCGUUCGGCAUCUCCUCGACCACAGCUUCCAGAGAUCACGCAUCACUCGCCUUUGUCUCCCUCAGUCCCCAUGCACAACCACAGUCAACUGUCGCAUCAGUCGUCCCGAGAGAUCUCUCCUCUGCAGCUUACGGAACGCGAAGACUCUCCACCGCCUCCUCCGCCGCCGCCUCACAGAGUCGCAGUCCAACGUCAGCCUUCCCCAGGCCCGGCCGUUCCACGCCAAUUGGAUAUGAACGAUCGCUAUGUGGUCUUCACAAGGACUCCGUCUCCAGCCGGCCAUUCAGACGCGAACGGGCAAACGCCCUCACCAUUGCGAGACGCAAUGGAAGAUGUGAUGACUUCGCUCGAAGAUAUGGGGAUGCCACGAGACUCACGUUCGCCGUCUCCGCAGCCUGAAUUCGAUAAUCCCUGGUCACCGGCUGCUUUUGACUCGUUGCGUGAAAGCCGUCACCCACAAAGAAACAAUCGGCCAUUAACAUCAUUGGGAUUUGAAGGAGAAAAGGAAUUCUACCAUAGCGAUGCCGUGCAUAGAAACAGUGUCUACACGCAUGAUCCUUUUAUUGAGGGCCCGCCGCAGAUCAACAACUACGUACAACGGAUGGAAAGCCGACUCCGCCAGAUGCAGGAACAAGGACGUCGAGGCUCCGAAGACAUACAGCCUCCGGUUGAAAACAGUGAAGAGGAUGAUGACAUGCCUCCACCACCGCCCCCAAGACAUGGAUCGUAUCAUGGACGGCACAAUUCUAUACCCGCUCACUUGCCGUCCUUACGAAGCCGGCGGUCUGGACAUGACCUCAGGAAUGAUAUGUUGAAUCGAAGCUUCACCAAAUCGUCGAAUACGACGAACUCCUCGAGUGGCGUGCACAGCAAUGCCACCAACCAAACUUCAAGCACGGACAGAACGAGCCAGAGUCUGAUGAGCGGACCCUCCGCCGGAGGUUUUAGCGCAACAAGUGCUGGAAGCUACGCAAGGAGGGGUAUUGCAGCAGGCGAAAGGCCUAGCACGGCAGUAGAUGCGGUCCGGUCGAGAGGUUUCAGCGAUCUCACGCGAAUGCCACGUCCUGAAUCGCCUAUGAGCGGCAUAUCCUACCAUUCUAGUCAUAACACUUCCCGACAGGGCGCUUCUUCUGCCAUACCUUGGUCAACAUCGGCCACUACGCCGGAAGAACCGAACAGUGUGUUUGGAGGACUGGCCACACCAAAGGCGAAGAAGCAAGGGUUCUUCAAGAAAAUACUCGAGUCAGCAAAGACCGGCGCCGCAAACGCCAGAAGUAGCAUUGCCGUUGGACAAAGCGGAGGGUCUUUUUCUCCGACCAAGGGGAGAGCCAUCUCACCAAUCAGGUCAUCGCACUCGCAUCGAGACACUGCUGCGCGCGAGAUGGGCACGGGAAAUAACCCCAUGGACUGGGUACAAGUGCGGCGCGAUGUGAACCGAGCAUCCUCCCCCAGUCGAAACGAGAGAAUUGAGAGAGCAGAGAGGUGUCAGAUGAUGGACCAUCCGGUCAUAUAUGCAGUGGAAGAACUAUAUGAGACCGCGGAAGGGGAAGAGAGUAUCGACGGCCUACCCAUUAGCGAGCCCACUGAUUUUGGUAACGUCAAUCUUACACUCGUCGACAAGAGCGCCCGUUUCGUCAACAGUCUUCCUCCAAUGACUAAUCCAUUGAGCCUUGCGCAAGGAUACGUCUGCCGCCCAUACAAGAGUGAUGUCCAAAGGCUGCGCGCUAUAUUUACCUGGGUGAGCGAGAAGAUUGCGUGGGACGAGCCAAUAGAAGAUGCCGACAUUGAUCUGAAGCGUGUUCUCCAAACCAAGAGAGGCUGCGCCCAAGAAGUCGCCUAUCUAGUUCGUGAGAUGUGCGCUGCAGUGGGCAUACAUGCCGACGCAAUUGAAGGUUUUCUCAAGCCACCAGGUGAGGUGUUCGAUUUGGACAGUCUUUCGCGUCCGAAUCAUUGGUGGAAUGCCGUGCUCGUUGAUGGUGACUGGCGCUUCAUGGAUUGCUCUCUCGCUAAUCCAACGAACCCAAUAAGAAACCAAUUCGUGACCACGAAUACGACGGUGGCCGAGUCUUGGUAUUUCUUAGCCCGACCUCUCGAGCUCUGCUAUACACAUGUGCCGCUUGAGCCUGAGGGGCAGCAUAUUUGUCCCCCUAUCUCUCCGGAUGUCCUCCUCGCACUUCCCACAGUUUGUCCGACAUAUUUCAAAAUGGGGCUGCAAUUUCCAGAUUAUGACACCAGCGUAUUUCGGAUAGAAGGACUGGAAGUCCUUCAGGUUCGUAUUUUGGUUCCAGCAGACGUAGAAUGUGCUGCGGAGGUCGAGGCGCCUGGAUUCGCUCGUGAUGCCGACGGGGACUUCUUUGAGAGUGGAGAAAUCGUGCGGAAACGAGCGCUUGUCCAGCCAGAUUGGGUCAAUGGUCAAAAACGCAUAACCAUUAAGGCUGUUUUACCCGGCGACGAAGGGCAAGGUAUGGUCAAAGUUUAUGCCGGCCGAAAGGGGCUCAUGCACUCCAGCCGAGACAUACCUCACCCGCUUGCCUUUGCACUCCCAAUCAUCCACACCGGAGAAAAUCCUCCAUAUGAAUUUGUCCUUCGCCAUCCCACCCCUCACGCUCAACGCCACGACUUGUACAUUAUUCAACCGCAGUGUGCUAAGCUGGCUGUCAACAACACAUUCGUAUUCGCCGUCCGCCAACAUCCCUCAUCGCCCACACCUCAAACAUCUAGCAAUGAAAAUAGCUUCAGCGGGCGCAUCUCUCCGUCAGUCUUCUCCCGACCUGCGAGUGCGCUCAGCAUGGUUUCGAGCUCUGCAGGGGGGUCAACCGUUUCAACAGUAUCCAACGAGUUCUCGGCCUCCACCUCGGCCAUCUCCUCUACCCGCUCGAAUUCAGGUCGGGAAAAGCCUGCCAAGCUCGCAAUACAAUCACCCUCUGGCAAGAUUCUACGCCUCACCCGCAAAGCGGACCACAUGAUCAGCAGCCCAAAGACCUCCGACUCGCCAAGCGAAUGUACCGCGGACGGUAGCGUCUGGGAAACGGUCAUCAAGAUCGGGGAAGGAGCGAGCCCGCUCCAACAACAGGCCUUCGAAUUCACCCCACUAUUGAUACCUCGGGAUGAUAUCUGGCACUUAGCCCUACCACGCCUGGCCUCUUUUGAAUGGACUUGUACCUAUCUAAUAUACAUAGAAGCAAGCAAACGCGAGAUGUCACCCAGACUUAAUCUGCCUGAUCCCUUCGCCACAAUUCCACGGGUAAGCCUGCUCUACCCGUUCUCUUCGCCAAUCCACCCCCUGCAAAGCCUGUCUGGUUUAGCUUCUGCCCCGGCCCCAGCCUCAGCCUCAGCCUCAGCAUCAACAACACACUCAGCACCAGGCAGCACUCGGUCUCAAGGGGCACGCACAGAGGGCAUCCACGUCUCCCUCUACGCCAAGCGCGAGGACCAUUCUUCCCCGCUCGCAUGUGCGGGGAACAAGUACCGAAAAUUGGAGUACAUCGUGCCAGAUAUCCUAUCUUCCAGUCCAAGAUAUGGCGCUGGCAUUGCGGCUGAUGUACCCACACCAAUACACGGGAAAGGAAAAGUUACAACUCUCGUCACAGAGGGCGCAAUCCAGAGUAACCACACGGUCCAGGUGGCCUCCGUGGCUUCGAGGAUAGGCCUAGAAUCUGUGGUCCUCCUGCACAAGGGCACGGGGGGCGGCUUAGCCAGUGCGAAGGACAAAGCAGCUUUUUUGAGAACGGGAAAUGUCCAGAUUGUGAAGUUGCUUGGUGCAGAAGUGAGGAUGUUUGAGAAGCCUGUGGCCCCAAAGACACAAGAUGAUAUUGUCGAGGAGGUUCUGAAUAAUCUCAGAGCAGAGGGAAAGGUUCCCUAUUGGAUCCCGUCUGGUGCGAGCCUGCAUCCGCUGGGGGGGUUGGGAUAUGCAAGGUGUGCGUUUGAAAUUGCGGCGCAGGAGAAGGACAUUCUGGGAUCACCGAAUGAUCGUGGUAGUGGUGGUUACGGUAUCAAACAGCCGCGUUUCGAUUACAUCUUCGUCGCAUGUGGGAGUGGGAGUACAGUCGGCGGACUGAUUGCGGGCUUCAAACUACUCGAGAAGAUGGAGAACUCACAACCGCACGAGCAAACACGAGGAGAAAGAAAGCGCCGUGUUAUAGGGAUUCUUACCUCCCCGACGAUGCGAAAGAGAUAUCAUGAAGAACGCAUCUUGCGCUUUGCGCGAGGCGCGGGGAAAUUGAUCGGAUUGAAUCCCCAGACUGAUAUUACAAUGGACGAUGUAGUCCUGGAUGACCGGUUCGCGGGAGAGAGAUAUGGUGUGCUAGAUGCAAAGACCAAUGACAUGCUCUCUCUGAUGGCAGAAAAGGAAGAAGUCAUACUUGAUCCUGUGUAUACGGCGAAAGUGGCGAGGGGUAUGAUGCAUUGGGUUGCCGAAGGGGAGAUAGAGAAAGAUUUACUAGCUAGUCCCGCUACUUAUAGGGGUCAAGAUGGGGAACAGGUUAAUGUCUUGUUUAUCCACACAGGCGGACAGUCUGCGCUGGGAGCAUACGCGAGCACAUAA